UUUGAUGUUGAACUGACGAUUUGCUUUCACCUAGAAAAAUAGAAGGCCAAAGGGGACCCGCACAGCAUCCCUUGAAAAGUAGGCCUCGGUCACUCUCGUCUUCGUGAAGGGAAAGUUGGAGAACCGGUCAUAUCAUAAUCAUACAAAUAUAAAGAGAUGAUGUUCACAUUGAACGAGGAAAAUGUCGUUGAUAGUGGUGUUCGGGUUGCUCGCUGCUGUUUUGGCAGAAACUCCGCAUCAGGUUCACAUAUCCCUCGGAGAACGGAUAGACGAGAUGGUGGUUAUGUGGAGUACUUACAGAAGUAGUGACUGGAGCACAGUGGAAUACGGACUCUCACAGGCUCUGGACAUGAGUGCUAAUGGAACGUGGCAAAUGCUUAACAAUAGAGGAGCUCACCAAUACGUCCACACAGUUAAGUUGACCGAUUUGAAGAACGCCACCCACUACUAUUACCGGUGUGGUGAUGGUGUAGAGUUCAGUGGUGUGUACAAGUUCCGUACCCUCCAGAGGGGGAGUGAUUGGAGACCCCGAGUCAUCAUUUAUGGGGAUCUCGGAUACAGAGAUGGAACGUCGACACCUUCACUCAUUGAAGAAGCUCUCAAUGAAACAACAGACUUCAUCAUUCACAAUGGUGAUAUUGCAUAUGACUUACACACAAAUAACGGUCAUGUAGGAGAUAAUUUCAUGAACAUGAUCGAACCCGUUGCGGCUCGACUUCCUUAUAUGGUCUCCGUUGGCAAUCACGAAGCAUUUAAUUGGAAUUUCACGAAUUAUAAAACGAGGUUCAAUAUGCCUGGGACAGAUGACAAUCUGUGGUACAGCUUCAAGGCAGGACCCAUCCACUUUAUUAUAAUAAGCACCGAAGUUUAUUUCUUUCUACUUUAUGGUGGUCUGGAUGCUGUCAAAUCUCAUUACAAGUGGUUGGACGACACACUCACGCAAGCCAAUCUUCCACAUAACCGGGCCAAGUGGCCGUGGGUUGUAACGCUUGGACACAGACCUAUGUAUUGCUCUAACACAGCUCUUAGAUACUGCAGACUUGAAACUAAUCCGGUGCGUGUGGGUUUCCUGAGAGUGUAUGGUCUGGAAGAGAUCCUCUACAAACACGGGGUAGAUGUCGCCUUCUGGGGUCACAACCACUGCUAUGAGAGACUCUUCCCUACCUAUGACGGUGAGGUGUAUAAUGGAAGCUUUUCUGAGCCUUACAGGAAUCCUAGAGCGACCAUCCAUAUCACGAGCGGAGUUGCCGGUAACCAGGAAGGGACGAGCAAUUUCAGGGGUGUCCGUCAACCUUGGAGUGCUUUUGGAAGUACAGAGAAGAGUUAUACUCGCCUCAUUCCUUACAACAGAUCUCACCUCUUCCUGCAACAGGUGUCCGCCGAAAAGAAAGGCAAGAUAAUCGACAGUCUUUUCAUUAUUAAGGAGAAGAAUGGACUUUUCCCCCAAGCAUCGAACAAGAGAAGAAAACGAAUAUUUUUCGGUUGAUAAUCUCACUUUUUAUUUUUAGGAAACCAAAGAAUAUGUAUAUCUACUCAAAUUGUAUAGUUUAAAAUAAAUUGAUGCCAUCGUAA